CCUGAGUCGUUUAGCUCACCCCAAGAACUCUCAGUUCUAAUUCUUUUCCAUAUCUUAUCUAGUACGUCGUUUCUUCAAAAAGAAGAACCCAUUCGAUAGAGGAGUCCCCAGAUUGUCUUAUUCUGUGUGGCGCCAUCGCUCAGUGCAGAAGUGAACAAAAAAGACACGCAAAGAUGCUUUCAAGACUUGUCACUCAUCCAUAGACCAGCCAGGCUGCCCUUCCAUAUCCUCCCGUUUGGACCACUUCUUCCCAUUCGUCUUGGAAAUAUUUUUCUUCAGGACAAUCACUCACUUUUUUUUUCAUUUUCCUAUUUCUUCUACUUCUACUUCUGCUCCUUAUUCUUUUUAUUUCUCGUAUUUUUGGUGUUGCAUUCCAUCUCAUUCUGCCCUUGCACUCCGCAGCCUUCAACAAUCAAGUUAUUCGGGGCGACCCCAGCAGUUAUUUGGUGGUGUCGUGCCCGCAUUUUGCUCUUUUCUAAAAGUGGAACCGAGCCUACAUUUGGCUGAUGGAUGGCGGCCGAUGUUUUGCAAAUUGUCUCUUAUCUUCUUGCUAAUGUAUCGGAUUUCAAUUCGGCACUACGUCUACCAUGUUACUCCUGCAUGAGCCCAUACUUAGAAGACCACUAUCCAUACAUAUCACACUUGUACCGGAAACCACUUUCUUUCGACACUCAUUGCGAUAAACAUAGUCUAGAAACAAGUUAUCUCUACUCAAAGAACUGUUCCGAUAUGUGUGUUACUCUUAGGAUCAACGAUGUUGUUGGGGGGAGGCGGCGACACGGUUACAUGCGGGGUUGCUUAUCGGAUUUGCAUGGUUACAAUCACUCAUUGAUUCGAACGUUGGCUGAAAGGCAGGGAUGCUUGGACACAACAGCUCGUGAGCUCUUCCUUCCAACUGCUCAACGCCAAGAACUCGAACCAUCGCGUCUUUCACUUUGUGCAUGCCAUAACAAUCUGUGCAAUUUCUCCGUGUCGCCGCCUUGUUUCUUUAUUUUUCUCUUUGUAAUUCUUGUCAUUUUCCUAAUGCGUUGAUAUGGUCAUCAACCAACCGAUUCCAAACGUUUCUUUCAUUUUUUCUCAACGAACAAUACAAAAUUUCGUUGGGAUUUUUAAAUCUUCUUCUUUGAAAUCAAACCGAUCCACUUUUAAAUGUUACGGGUUUUUCACCACGUUUUGCCUCUAUUCAAGUUUUUCUCUUGUGUUUCAUGAAUAAAUCGUAGCAUAAA